ACACUGUUUUUUUUUUCAUGCCUGAUGAGUUUUCCCCACCUCUUACGUGAGGCCACAGGUGAAGCCCACAGUUCUUCUAAUUAGCAAGAUUUUCAGUCAUUUCUCUGGAUUUUAUCUAGGUUUGUUGUAACUUUCAUCCCACCAAUUCCUCCCACACUACAGUUAGUCUUAAAGCAUAAAAAAAUUAAUCAAUAGGUGUUUUGGUCUUAAAAGUGUGUCAAAAUGCAGAUGAAAUUCCAUAUUGUGGGAGCAGUUUAAAUAUUUAUCUAAAUAUAAAAGACUUUGUGCCAUCUGGUGUCUUUUAUCAUCUUCAUUAAUGAAUAAUAAARAAUUCAUCUCUGUUGGCAGGCAGUGAACACCAUAAUGAGAGUGUUAAAACCCUCCCUCCCUUUUCCUCUGCCUUUCUGGUCGCUUCCUCCGGUGGCUCCCCCUCCUCCUGACGUAGAGAGGAUCCUUUCUGCCCACGGCCGUGGGCGACCCGGCCACGGGUAUAAACGGCUCCCGGUGCCUUCAGCUCGUCACUGCGUGAAGCAGCAACAACAGCAGCAGAGACUCGGACACCAGAGCUGAACCYCAGCAGAGAUAGCAGCAAGCAGGCUCCUCCACGCCGCUCAGGCUAACUCGCUUUCAGCUUUGGUUCGAGAUGGAGACUCGUCGUGGCACCAAGAGGGGCUCCGGCGUCCGCAACUUCAAAAGUGGUUUGUCCCUGUGGCUGAUUCUGUGGCUGGUAGUGGUGAAGCCGGGCGGGGUUUCUCCGUGCCCCAGGCUGUGUGUGUGUUACCCCACGCCCAUGACGGUCAGCUGCCAGUCGCAGAACCUCACCAUGGUACCAGCCGGCGUGCCCUACGACUCCCAACGAGUUUUCCUGCAGAACAACCGCAUCACUGAGCUUCGCGCAGACUCCUUUGGCUUCGAGACACAGGUGCUUUGGCUGUACGGCAACAACAUCACGUGGAUUGAGGCUGGAGCCUUCAGUAACCUCCGGAUUCUGGAGGAGCUGGAUCUGGGCGACAAUCCCUCGCUGCGGCACCURGAAGGUGGAGCGUUCAGGGGCCUGGAGAAGCUGCAGAGCCUGCACAUGCAUCGCUGCAAGCUGGCCACUCUGCCCCAUGACAUCUUCCACAAACUCUACAGCCUGCAGUUCCUCUAUCUGCAGGAAAAUCAGCUUCACUUCCUGCAGGACGACCUGUUCUCAGACCUGGUCAACCUGACCCACCUGUUCCUGCACGGGAACCGCAUCCGCGCCCUCUCCGAGAACGUGUUCCGAGGCCUGGUCAACCUGGACCGCCUCCUCCUCCACGAGAACCGCAUCAAGCAGGUCAACCGCCGGGCUUUCCGCGAUCUGGGCCGCCUGACCAUCCUCUACCUCUUCAACAACUCCCUGGCCGAGCUGCCGGGCCAGGCCAUGCGGGACGUGCAGGACAUCCAGUUCCUCCGCCUCAACAGCAACCCCUGGUCCUGCGGCUGCGAGGCCCGCCCCCUCUGGGAGUGGUUCCGCAAAGCCCGCAUCUCCUCCUCGGAGGUGGUGUGCACCUCCCCCACCCAGCGCCGCGGCCAGGACCUCAGGUUCCUGCGAGAGCUGGACUUCGCCCCCUGCCCCCUGCCCGACCCCGGCUCCCUGACCGGGUCCACCACYACCACCUUCAGCACCAAGACCCGCUGGUGGUUCUCCAAGCACAAGCCCGCGUCUUCGUCCAAGUCCUCCUUCCAGAAGACCUCGGACAACGCAAAGACCUUCCCCUUCCCCGUCGGGAAGCCUCAGUACGGCCCGAAGCUCGCCCCGGACACCCUGCCGGUCAAAUACGAGCUGUCGGAGGCCGAGGCGGCGCUCCCCAAGCUGGACCCAGAAGAAUACUGGGCCAACUACGGCAACGAGGACUCCUCUAUCCGCUGCUUCGAGCUGGAGUGUCCUCCCAACUACGACGGCGCAGCGUUCCCCUCAUCCUCCUCCUUCUCCAUCACUCCAUCAACACUCCGCCUCCUCGCCGCCUCCAUAGCAGCAUUCUCACUCCAGCUCCUCUUAAGCUGAGCUCCUUUUCUCCUCCGAAAUCUGUCCUUUUCUUCUCAUUUCUCCUCCUGCUCUUUCUCACUCGAACUAACCAAAAUGAAAACCGCAUCUGGGUUCCUUUCACUCGCCUUCCGGAGGRGACGAGGCGCCGGCGCAGGAGACGGAUGAGGCGGCAGGAAGCUGCUUCAAGGAGCCGAGGUCCGACGGGCCGGAGCAGAGGAGGUCCAAGUCUUUGUGAGGACUGCUGAAUCUUGGUAGUUCAGACUUCAAAAAGCAUGAAUCACAUGACAGGAACUGAGUUUGCAGGGAGAUCAGCAGAGCAGAAACCAGUCAUGAUCGUGCUCACAGAUUACUUAAUCCCAGCUGAUUAAAACUGGGGAUUGGUGGCACCAACAGGAAGUUGUAGAUGAUGGGUUGUGGUGAAGAGAUUCAGAGUUUAGAGAUAAAAGCGUGUAAAUAACACAACCAUCACUGUACAGAGUAAUGUGUUUAUACUAAUACUAACCUGCUGGGUUUCUUUUCAGAGCAGGUUAGAUGAUUAAACUGUUUGUUUAUUUUUUUUCCACCUGUCUCUUCAUCUGAAAACUUGUUUCUAACUGAAGGAAAAUUAAGAUGUUUUAGGAAAGAAGGAAAAAACAGGAGGUUUUGUGCUUCUGAGUUUGAUUUUUUUAUUUUUUAUUUAUCUGUUUGUUCUGGUUAUGUGAGUAGAAGCUGAAGGGUGAAAUUUAACCAGAUCCUGGUCUGGAACUGAUUCAGAGUUUGAUGAGUUUAGUUUUUGUUGCUUGAAGAAUCGAAUGUCCCGUUGUUUUCCAUUUCUCACCAAAGUUAAAGUGUUUUUCACAGAAAUAUUUUCCUGUUUUAACUAAUUAAAUGGCGUCAUCUUGAUGAUGAGAAGCACUAAACUCACUCCUGUCCUCGUGACGCAGCAGCUCCCUGACUCCUCUCUGUUUUUUUUUUUGUUUCUUUUUUGAUCAGUGAAGGAUUCAUGUCAUUUGUUUCUCAUCACUUUGUUUUUGGCUUCAAGCCCAAACUGAUUUAUAGAACUGUGAGUUUCUGACAACGAAAACUACUGUGACGUUGCUGGAUUUUUUUAAAUUGUAUUUUUCAAUGGAAAACAUAAACUGUUGAUGUGUUUGGCUUUAUUAAUAAAAUAAAACUUUAAACA